AUUUCUAUUCAACUGGAAUUUCAUAACUCGUUUUAUGCCAGAUCUGUAAGUUGUGUUUGAAUAACUUGGUCAUCUUGCUUAAGUGACUAGACGAUUAACGCUCUGUGGCUAGUUUCUUCAAUUUAUCUACAGUUUAUUUUGACUUCAUUUGGGCCAUUUGUUUGCUCCUGGGGAGUGAAUCAUGUCAGAUAUUGAGAAGAAGAACCAUGUCACCAUACACUGGUUCCGCCACGGUCUGCGCCUUCAUGACAAUCCCGCACUUCUUGAUGGGCUGGAAGACUGUGUAGAGUUCUACCCCAUCUUUAUUUUUGAUGGAAAUGUUGCUGGUAUUUCUACUGCUGCUUUCCCAAGAAUGCAGUUUCUUCUUGAAACUCUACAAGAUCUUGAUGAAAACUUAAAGUCUCAUGGCUCACGUCUGUAUUCAUUUCAAGGAGAUCCAGUUGAAAUAUUUAAAAAACUUAUUGAGGAGUGGGGAGUAACAAGAAUCACAUUUGAACAAGAUCCUGAGCCUGUGUGGCAGGACCGAGACACCCGUGUCAAGAAUAUGUGUCUAGAACUUGGAAUUGAGUGCAUUGAACGUGUCAGUCAUACUCUAUGGGACCCUCAGCAAAUCAUCAAAGAGAAUGGUGGCACUCCUCCUCUGACCUAUGCUAUGUUCUGUCAAGUGGCUGACAUUGUAGGCCCACCACCUAAACCCAGAGAGGAUCCGAACUUUACUGGCAUCUCUUUGCCAGUCAGUGAACAUCAUGAUGAGAAAUACAGACUACCCACUCUGGCUGAGCUAGGAGUAGAAGCUGAGUCUGAAAAACAGGCCAGUCCUUAUUGUCGUUAUCUUGGAGGUGAGAGUAAAGCCAUGAAGCUUUUGAGCAUUCGAUUGGAAAAAGAACGUAAGGCAUUCAGUCUAAACCAGAGUCUACCCAAUCAACUUUUCCCAGAACUUUCUGGAAUGCCAAUGAGUCUUUCCCCCCAUUUGAGAUUCGGAAGUAUGUCUAUCCGUAAAUUUUAUUGGCUACUUCGGGAAGCAUAUGCUGAGGUCCAUCCCAAUGCUCAUAUUCCAUCCUCCAUCACUGGGCAGUUAAUCUGGAGAGAGUACUUCUAUUGUAUGUCUGUGAACAAUCCUAACUAUAACCGCAUGGUUGGCAAUCCAAUAUGUCUUAAAAUUGACUGGUAUGACAAUGACAAUCACCUGAAAGCCUGGAAAAUGGGUAAGACAGGCUAUCCAUGGAUUGAUGCUUGCAUGCGCCAGCUUUUACAAGAAGGCUGGAUUCAUCAAGUCUGCCGCCAUGCCACGGCCUGUUUUCUCACCAGAGGUGACCUGUGGAUUGAUUGGGUCAAAGGGCUGCAGGUGUUUGAUCGCUAUUUGUUGGACGCUGAUUGGUCAGUUUGUGCUGGAAACUGGAUGUGGGUGUCCAGCUCUGCGUUUGAAAAAGUUCUGCAGUGUCCCAAAUGCAUUUGUCCUGUCCGCUAUGGCAGACGCAUGGACCCAAAAGGAGAGUAUGUCAGACGCUAUGUUCCAGAGCUGAAAGACAUGCCCCUUCAGUACCUCUUUGAACCAUGGAAGGCUCCAUUAAAGGUACAAGAAGAAGCCAAAUGUAUUAUUGGAGAAGACUACCCUUUGCCCAUAGUCAAUCACAAAACUGCUUCAAGAGAUUGUCAGUCUCGAAUGGAAAUCAUUAAGUCCAAAUCUAAAGAUGUUCCGCACAUUAGACCAGCCAACGAGGAUGAAGUCUACACCAGCAUGUGGGUGUGCAAAGAGCUGGAAAAGAUGGACCUGUGCCGACAUGAUAAUGAAAAACUAUUAUUUAAUAUGUAAGCUGAUGUUGAAGAACACUUUUAUUCUCUCAAGAUUAUCAAAGCCCUAACGCAAUGUGUUUUCAUAUCAACUUAUUUGUUGUUGUUGGCUAUGUGAGAUAUUACCUUUAGUAAAUAGAAAUAAAUGUCAAAUUUAAACUUUGUCAUUACUAAUUGUUGUAUUACAUCAGUGACAGUAUUAGUACCAAGUAGUCACAAUGAUCACAUUUAACUUGGGACCAACUCUUUCUAAUUUGAAGUUUGAGAUAGAAAACUUGCUAUUUACAACAGAUACAAGUGAUAUAUUAUUGAAUAUCAAAUGCUGUGUUCAGAUGUCUGCUUUAUUAUUUGUCCUAUUUAACUUACCUUAAAGAUCUGGUUUUUAUUUAAAUAUUUUCAGUGCUUUUUUUUUUAUUUAGAUAUUAUUAUUUGGCACUCUUCUUGUUAUUCUAAUUUCCAUUCAUUUGAAUUCCAUUUAAAAGUUUAAAUCUCUUAAUUGUUCAAUGUCAGAUGGUAGUUAUUAUUAGACAUCAGUCUGUUACCUAAAGCUCAUUGUCUGGUUUACAGAUAUUGUCUUUUUUCCUUUUAAUUUAAUGGUUUUAGAUCCACUGACUUCAUAUUUUUUAAUUAAUUUGUCACCCUAAGUUGAACUGAUGAGUAAUACAAUUUAGUUUGAAACUACCGGUAUUUAUUGUGAAUUACUGCUGUGUCUUCUUAUAUGAAACAUUAAAAAAUCUAGCCUUGUAAAUGUUUUAAUAAUAUCUUUAUUGUCUAAUUCUUAUGUACCUAAUUAAUUAUUUUUUCAUUCCAUUAAUUAUUUAUUUGGUAUAUCAUUCUCCCAUACAUAUUGUAGUAAAAUAUAAAAGUGUAAAAGCGGUGUGGAAGAGAUUGCCCCAGGAUAACUUUAUGUAGAGCAUAAUAUAUCUGUACUUUACAACAAUAAAAUGAUACCGGUAUCAUAAAUGUGACAUAUAUAUGGCUAGGACAUAUUAUUUUUAUCUGAAGGAAUGCUUAUAAAUGAUUUAAUAAAUAUAUAUUAUUAUGCUACACACUUUUUUAUUAAUGAUGUUAGUAACAUUUUAGGCUUUCAUCUGUUAGCUAACAAAUAACUUCUAAAGUUUUCAGGGCAUCUGAGGAAGACAAAAAAAGGUUUAUACUUUUUUAAUGCCUGUAAUUCCUUGGCUAUAUAUAUAUGCUUCUCUCCCCUUCUAUUGUUUUCUAAAUCUUGACCAUGGCUGUGCUGAAAUAUGAUCUGAUAACAAUUUACAAUAUGACAAAUAGUUGGGCUUAUUUUAAAUAUUCACCCUAUGUUUAAUACAUAUAGUCUAGAAUGAAGAAAUAUUUUUUUUAAAUCUUACUUUUGAAAUGUUUUAUUACUAUGUUGUUGUUUUUUUGUUUGUUUUUGUUUUGCUCUUUUUAUAACUAUGACAAAGUAAGUUUUAGGACCUCAUCAUGUUUACUUUAGUCCUUUACCAUUGUUUACUUUAGUUAUUUGCUAUUGUUUAUUUUUAUUCUUUGCUAUUGUUUAUAUUCCCACCCAGAAAAUAUUUUCAUCUCGACUACAAUGUUUAUGUUUAAAAAUCUCUUCAAUCAGUGCUUAUGAAUUUUAUGUUGUACAACUCGCUCAUUUUAUUAUCCUAUUAUUGCAUACAUGGAUGUGACAUUCCUGAUUUGUAGUAGCCUACCUCGUUGUCUUCAAUAAAAGCCCUUCUUUAUUCUGGA